CUCGCGUCCCGGGAGCGGCGCGGCGCGCAGGGAGGAAGCGGCGGGUAGGCUGCCGGGCCCUGAGCUGCCGCCGCGCUUUGCUGUCCAGCAUGCUCUGCUCACCGCAUCCCGAGGGGCACUGACCAUGAGCCUCAACUCCUCCCUCGACUACAGGAAGGAGCUGAGCAACCUUACUGCAGCGGAGGAGGGUGGUGAAGGGGGUGUGGUCACGGACUUUGUCACCAUCAUCAUCAUCACCGUGUUCGUCUGCCUGGGCAACUUAGUCAUCGUGGUCACUUUGUACAAGAAGUCCUACCUCCUGACCCUCAGCAACAAGUUUGUCUUCAGCCUGACACUGUCCAACUUCCUGCUGUCUGUGCUGGUGCUGCCCUUCGUGGUGACUAGCUCCAUCCGGAGGGAAUGGAUCUUUGGCGUGGUCUGGUGCAACUUCUCGGCUCUUCUCUACCUGCUGAUCAGCUCGGCCAGCAUGCUCACUCUCGGAGUCAUUGCCAUCGACCGCUAUUAUGCUGUCCUGUACCCAAUGGUGUACCCCAUGAAGAUCACAGGGAACCGAGCCGUGAUGGCUCUCGUCUACAUCUGGCUUCACUCCCUCAUUGGCUGCCUGCCACCGCUGUUUGGUUGGUCAUCGGUGGAGUUUGAUGAGUUCAAGUGGAUGUGUGUGGCUGCGUGGCACCGGGAGCCUGGCUACACCGUCUUCUGGCAGAUCUGGUGUGCCCUGUUCCCCUUUCUCAUCAUGCUAGUGUGCUAUGGCUUCAUCUUCCGCGUGGCUAGGGUCAAGGCCCGAAAAGUGCACUGUGGCUCGGUGGUCAUCGUGGAGGAGGAUACGCAGAGGAGUGGGAGGAAGAAUUCCAGUACCUCCACUUCCUCCUCGGGCAGCAGGAGGAACGCUUUUCAAGGCGUGGUCUACUCCGCUAACCAGUGCAAAGCCCUCAUCACCAUUCUGGUGGUCCUGGGAGCCUUCAUGAUCACCUGGGGCCCCUACAUGGUUGUCAUUACCUCAGAGGCACUCUGGGGGAAGAACUGCGUCUCCCCAGCCCUGGAGACUUGGGCCACGUGGCUGUCCUUCACCAGUGCCAUCUGCCACCCUCUCAUCUAUGGGCUUUGGAACAAGACUGUGCGCAAGGAGCUCCUGGGCAUGUGCUUUGGGGACCGUUACUACCGGGAGCCAUUUGUUCAGCGACAGAGGACCGCCAGGCUCUUCAGCAUUUCCAACAGGAUCACAGACUUGGGCCUGUCCCCACACCUCACGGCUCUCAUGGCAGGCGGACAGUCCCUGGGCCACAGCAGCAGCACCGGUGACACCGGCUUCAGCUACUCCCAGGAUUCAGGGACGGAUGUGAUGCUGCUGGAAGACCAUGCGUCUGACGACAACCCUGUCCCCCACUGCACCUGCCCACCCAAGAGAAGGAGCUCUGUGACAUUUGAGGAUGAAGUAGAACAGAUCAAAGAGGCUGCCAAGAACUCUAUUCUCCAUGUGAAGGCUGAAGUCCACAAAUCCUUGGACAGUUACGCAGCCAGCUUGGCUAAAGCCAUUGAGGCCGAAGCCAAAAUCAACUUAUUUGGGGAGGAGGCUUUGCCAGGGGUCUUGUUCACAGCACGGACUGUCCCAGGGGCUAGCUUUGGGGGGCGUCGAGGCAGCAGGACUCUUUUGAAUCAGAGGCUACAACUGCAGAGCAUUGAAGAAGGGGACAUCUUAGCUGCAGAACAGAGAUGAAGGCCGCAGAGGGGGCUACUGGUACUGGUACCUAUGCCAAGGCCCUGGAAGACGUCACCCCUCGCAGAGGGCCAGACGCUGGGAAGGAAACAUUGGGUAUGCAGCCAGGAGGACUGAAAACCCCGACUUCAGUGUCUGCUGUGAAGACACAUGUGGGCUGCAUCAGGGAUCAGGGUCCCUGGGCUGGAACGAGGCUUCUUCCAAAGCACGCUGGAAAGAGACGGAGAUGUGGCUGCAGUUUUGGGAGGACUGGAGGCGAUAGGU